AUGUCUAGUACUACACUACCUCUCGCCAUUGACUGCAGCGAGAAGCUCGAUGUCCAUGGCAAUUGCAUUGCCAUGGACAUCGAGAACAUUCUCAUAGACUGGCCAACAUACAUGGUCGAGUUCACCCCCAAGAAGCUGGGACCUGUAAAACUAAUGAUACAUUUCAAAAAUGCCUCAAAGGGAGUCUGGGUCGAGGAUGAGGACAGUGACACUGAGACAGUGACAGUCGCGAUUUGCAAGAGGUGUGCUCCCGCUUCCAUGCUCACUGUGAGCAUACAAACUAACAUAUCAACUGUUUCAAGCUCCUCCACUUGUGCUAGUACCACCCAUGAUGCUGACACCACGUUGGUAUCUGAUAUGCCCUCUGAGUCUAAGUACAUUGUGUCACGGUUUAGAGCUCUGCGUCUGACCUCAACGUACCUUAUGGAUGACACACAGCUUGUCAGCGCAACUCCGGUACACUUCAUUGGUAUCCCCAAAAACCCCUUGACUCUCAAAAAACGCAAAUUCAGAGAUGAAGAUACCAUUUGGCCCCCUCACCGCUCUCGCUACAGAGGUGUUGACAACAUACCAAUCUCAGCUUUCCGUAAACUCUCAAUUCUUCCUGCCCCUGUAGUGGCUGAGGAUGAAACUGUUUAG